AUGGAUUUAAGGAUAUCUGAGGGUUCUGGUACUAAUACCACCUUGGAUGACCAAUCGGUACAAUCGCCAACCAGAAGGGCAAAGGUUUGGGAGUAUUUUCAACAAGAGUUAGUUGAGGUUGAUGGAGUGAUGAAGGUUGUUUGCAAAUACUGCGGGACGAAGCUGACAAGUAAAACGAAUUCAGGAACAAAUAGCCUUAGAAACCAUGUUGCAGAUACAUGUCCUAAAAUUCUAGUUGAGGACCGAAAGCGAUUCAUUGCAACAAUGAGAAAAAGGCCAGGAGAAGGUUCAUUUGUGUUUGACCCUCGAAAGACUCGUGAGUGCAUGGUUAAGUGGUGCAUCAGUGCCAAGGUCGCAUUCAACAAGUUUGAUGAUCCUUUCUUUGCCCCGUGGAUGGAGUCAUUGCAGCCAUCGUUCAGCGGUGUUGGGCGUCAGACAAUGAGAAAUGAUUGUAUUGCCAGAUUCAAGAUGAUGAGGCAAGAGCUAAGGAAUGACCUACAGAGUCUUAACUCUUGUAUUUGCUUGUGA